AAAAUACAUAGUAAAAUAUAUUUUCAUUUUCUUUUAGAUAUCAUGGUAGGAAGGAUGUUUCAAACAGCAAUAUAACUUUUGCUGAAAAAUACGAUUUUUAUUUUUGAAAAUAUACAGAUUCAAACACGGAAUUUUGAAACCUUUUAUAAUGUAUACUUUCCUGGCAACAAUUCUCCUAUUGGUUCCAUGUGCAGAGACAGCUCCUACCUUCCACAAUCAUCCGGGAACUUUGAAUUUAAAUGAAAAUGCCGACUCUGCCCUUGAUCUAUGGUCAGGUGUAUCAGCUACAUGCUAUCCGUCCACCAACACUUACUUUUACAACGUUUUUGGUAUAAAGUUGUUCAAAACCGGCGAAGAUCAACACACUGUGCCUUGCGAGACAUGCACACUGUCUUCAAAUCCAAAUUCCGGGCUAUUUUCCUGGUCAGGCAGCACUAUACGCAAAUCAGCAUGUUCAGCAACAAGUUGUGGUGCGUGUGCGUCAUGUACGGCAUGUUCUACCAGUAACGGGUGUAUGACUGGUCCAGCAACUUACAAUCUCAUCGUUCAGUGUUAUACCACUUCCUACGACAACAAUGAUGACGGAACAUCUACUUUUACCGUUAAUGUCGUAGAAGAAACACCGACAUUGGUUAUUAGCCUUCCAGAUUCUGUCAAUGCGGAUAAUUCUAUGAGCUCCGGAACUGUUCUUGCGACGGCGUCAAAAUCGAGCGGUGGACCAAUUGUGGAGUACACAAAACCUACUGCAGUCGUGAAUACAUACUCUAUUGGGACCGUCAAUAUGUUUGAACUAAAUACAGCAAACGGUCAAGUGUAUGUGGCUACUAACCCGGCUGUAGAAUACGACUAUACCUACACAAUUCGUGUAUGUAUAUACACCCGGCGCAAAGAAUCAUGUAAAACAAUGACCAUUAGUUUCGACGGAUGUUUCCAGACACCAAACUGUAAUAGCCAGACUGAUACAAGCAGCUUUAGUGACCAAUUCCCAGUUGGUGGAACUUUCUUAACUAUGACCUAUGACCAACCGUCGGAUCAUUUCCCUGCAAUAAGUUCGACUUGGCAAAAUCUCAAUUUUGUCAUAGUGUCAUCCACGCUGAAUGAAGCAUCGUUAAAUCUGUAUACAGGUGUAUUAUCAUCAACUGGCAACAUAACUGUAUGGCCAGAUUAUCCGUAUUCCACUCAUACAAUUGUAGUGAGAGUGAGUAAUCCGGGACACUCGUGCGACUAUUCCAGCACCUGUACUAUGUCCAUGCGAGUAGCAUUUACAAACUGGCCCAUUACCAUAACAAGUCUACCUACAAGCAGAAAUAUUCAUGAAGACACCGAUGCACGGACUCUCGUUCACAGUAUAAUCACCUAUGACUACAACCAUCCGGAUCAUGACAACGUCACAUGUGUUGUUAUUACCAAUGAAGAACCGACGCUCCUUGAAUUAACCCAUAACGGAAACUACAAUUAUAACUCUUGGUUUAUAUAUAAGAAAGUAUGUCAAAACCCAAAUUGUGGGCACAUCGAUGCUAACUUUCUCUGUGACAUAGGAUUUGCUUGUUUGAACUAUGACCUAGACAACGGGUAUACAAUGACGAUCAAAUGUAGCGAUGCGUAUGGUACAGACGACACGGAAACGUUCACUUUAAGAGUAACAGAGAAUCUACCACCUGUAUUCACUAAUACUCCAACAACAAUAACGAUAAGCGCUGACAAUAUAACAUAUUUGGACAACAUAUUUUCGAUCUACUACACGGACUCUGAAAGUGAGACGCUCGACUAUAACUACACGAUAACCCCAACCUCGCCGUCAUCGUUUGCGUUUGAUAGCCGUGGAAAUUACCACAAUAAUCCAGCAAAUGUUACAGUCACCAACGUGCAGUCAGAUCUUGUCGACACCACGUUUUCUAUUAACUUCUGUGGAAGAGAAAGGCGUAAUAUAGUUUGUUCUUCAAUCACGAUUGAAGCUGGGUGCUUCCAUACUCUGAACUGUCAUGAUCAGAGAGGUAACUUUAGUGAUCAACAUGCAAUCGGUGAAACACUUUUUACAGUGACUUAUGAUGGCCCAUCUACAACAUGGCAAAAUUUGUCUUUUGACAUUUUGUCUUCAACACUAGAUGAUGUAGCAAUAAACACAACUUCAGGUAUCAUAUCAACAUUAGGAAAUAUAACAGUGUGGCCAGAUUACCCAUACACCACUCACACAAUUGUUGUCAGAGUAACCAAUACCGGCAUUUGCUCUUACAUCGCUUCAUGUACAAUGACAAUGGACGUGUUCUUCACAAAUUGGCCGAUAAGUAUCGCAUCUCUCCCGGCGUCAGCCUCUAUUCACGAGGACACCGAUGACAGGACUCUUGUGCAUAGUAUAAUUGUAAAUGAUGACAACAACCAAGAUCAUGACAAUGUCAGCUGUGUAGUGGUUACAAACGAAGAGCCAACGCUUCUAGAGCUUUACCAUAACGGCGAUUUUAAAAGCAAUUCUUGGUUUAUAUAUAAGAAAGUAUGUCAAAACCCAAAUUGUGGGUACAUUGAUGCAAGCUUUCUCUGUGACAUAGGAUUUGCUUGUUUGAAUUAUGACCUUCACAACGAGUAUACAAUGACGAUCAAGUGUAGCGAUGCGUAUGGUGCAGACGACACGGAAACUUUUACUUUAAGAAUAACAGAGAAUCAACCACCCGUGUUCACAAAUACUCCAACAACAAUAACGAUAAGCGCUGACAAUAUAACAUAUUUGGACAACAUAUUUUCUAUCUACUACACGGACUCUGAAAAUGAGACGCUGGACUAUAACUACACGACCUCACCGUCAUCGUUUGCGUUUGAUAGCCGUGGGAAUUACAACGAUAAUCCAGCAAAUGUUACAGUCACCAACGUGCAGUCAGAUCUUGUCGACACAACGUUUUCUAUUAACUUCUGUGGAAGAGAAAGGCGUAAUAUAGUUUGUUCUUCAUUCACGAUUGAAGCUGGGUGCUUCCAUACUCUCAACUGUCAUGAUCAGAGAGGUAAUUUUAGUGAUCAACAUGCAAUCGGUGAAACACUUUUUACAGUGACAUAUGAUGGUACAUCUGACAGUUUUAAUACAACAUUGCAAAAUUUGUCUUUUGACAUUGUGUCUUCAACACUAGAUGAUGUAGCAAUUAACACAACAGGUAUCAUAUCAACAAUAGGAAAUAUAACAGUGUGGCCAGAUUACCCAUACACCACUCACACAAUUGUUGCUAGAGUAAACAGUACCGGCAACAUUUGCUCCUACACCGCUUCAUGUACAAUGACAAUGGACGUGUACUUUACAAAUUGGCCGAUAAGAAUCGCAUCUCUCCCGGCGUCAGCCUCUAUUCACGAGGACACCGAUGAAAGGACUCUUGUGCAUAGUAUAAUUGUAAAUGAUGACAACAACCCAGAUCACGACAAUGUCACCUGUGAAGUAGUAACAAAUGAAGAACCAACUCUUCUAGAGCUUUACCAUAACGGCGAAUUUAAAAGCAAUUCUUGGUUUAUUUAUAAGAAAGUAUGUCUAUACCCCAAUUGUGGUUACAUCGAUGCUAGCUUUCUCUGUGACUUAGGAUUUGCUUGUUUGAACUAUGACCUUGACAACGAGUAUACAAUAACGAUCAAGUGUAACGAUGCGUAUGGUUCAGAAGACACGGAAACGUUCACGUUAAAAGUAACGGAGAAUCAACCACCCGUAUUCACUAAUACUCCAACAACAAUAACGAUAAACACUGACAAUAUAGCACAUUUAGACAACAUAUUCUCUAUUUACUACACGGACGCUGAAAAAGAAAUAUUAGACUAUAACUACACCAUAUCACCAAUUACACCAUCAUUGUUUGCUUUCGAUGAUCGUGGAAACUACAGCAAUAACCCAGCAAAUGUUACCGCUACCAUAUUUCAAUGGGAUCUGGUCAAUACUACGUUUUCUGUAACUUUCUGCGGGCGAGAAAGACGGAAUAUAGUCUGUAGUUCUUUUACGAUCGACAUUCGAGAAUAUUGCGGCCCGACACCCGUGUGUACUGACGAUUCCACAACAGUUACAGACCAGAAUGCGGUGGCUGGCUACGAAGUGUUUCAAAUUACCGUCACCGGAAGUGGAUACACGCAGUUAAAUUACGUCAUCACAUCGGAAUACCCGGACUUGUUCUCUGUUGAUUCAAUGACAGGGAGUAUUACUAUAGCAUCAGCGCUAUCUGUUACCAAUCCGCCAAACCCCAGCACAUAUUCUCUGGUAGCGAACGUGCACGAUACAGUCGCAUGCGCUGUGGCCGCUUGCGCUUUUAGUGUAGAAGUCACAUUUACAAAUGAAGAUAUAUCUAUUACCAAUAUGGCAAGUGUAAGCGUAGAUAUUCAUGAGGACACGACAGAAUCUGUAAAAAUUGUUACCAUAGCAACCUCUGAUGCUAAUACAAAUGAUGGAGUCACAUGUGAGGUUGACGAGGCCGCUUCUACACCGGUUAAUAACAGCAUUUUCUUUGCUGUUGAAACAGACACUGGAUCUAAUGUCUAUGAACUGAUGAGCAAAGAAGGGCCAGGUUUUGAUUAUGAUGUUGCAGACACGUAUAAAAUAGUGGUCGUUUGUGAAGAUAAUUAUGGUUCGUCUGACACAGCUACAGCAACGGUCUCUAUCCUAGAGAACCAAAUUCCCACAAUGGAUAACAUAAAUGCUGGAGAUAUUAUUAACGUUGAUCCUAUGACAGUGAAAUCUGGGGCCACAAUAUUUACACUACAGACCUCAGAUGCUGAAAACGACCCUCUCGUGUAUACAUGUAAUGUCACAGACAGCUUCGUUCCACUCCAGUGUUUGUCAGAUGGUGUCGUAUCAAUGAAACGAGAUGUCAGAAUCCCAGAUGAAGAAGGUGAAAUGUAUCCUAUCACAUUGUGUAUAGAAGAAAGCGUGCACAGUCACGUGGUUUGUGAGACUCUGAAUGUUAAUAUUUCAUCCUCAAAAACGAAUCCUCAACUUAAUAAUUUACCAGCGACUAUAAGUUUUGCCGAAAACACCGCUGCUGAUACAGCUCUAUUCACGGUGACAGUUGAAGACCCAGAUGCUUUAGACGUACAUACGUAUUCAAUGACAGUUUAUCCGAAAACUGCAAGCGCGGCAUUUUCACUUGACGCCAAUGCCGGAACUUUGACAUUGUCAGAAGCUCUGGACUACGAGACAUUGAAUCAUUAUGAGUUUUUGUUCAGUGUUAGAGAUGUAUAUUUACCUGGACUUGAAGAAAAAUACUUAAACCUCAGCGUGACUGACGUUAACGAAGCUCCAGUACUUACAUUACUUCAGACAACCUAUGAUACAAUUGAACAAUCAGCAGGAUAUACUGUAGCCACUUUGCAAUAUUCAUGUACUGAUGUUGACAACGGACAAACUAUGACCAUAUCUCUAUCGUCUGGAACUUACAUAGCCUACUUCACUCUCGACCCCGCGACAGGCAUAAUCACGUACGCUCAAGAUUGGGACUUUGAAAAUGGCGUCGUUCCUCCUCAAACGACCUCCCUAGAGAUCACUUGUGAUGACGGAAAUGGACUGAGUAGUACGGGGAAUAUCGUAAUUAACAUCGCUUUAGUCAACGAAUUUUCGCCUGUUUUAAGUACAACAUCUGAAGACAUUAUAAUUUAUAGUAAUCAAACUCUUAUUGAUCCGUUGUUCACAGUCACUGCCACUGACAGUGACUUUGGAGAUGACGGUGUAUUUGAAUAUUCAAUCCUUGGAGUUGGAAAAGGGUCAAAAUACUUUACAAUCAGUAGUGCAGGAAGUCUUUUUAUAUCAAACUACAUCGACUGGAGGUACAAUGCUACAUUUGAAUUCACAGUGCGAGUAUCAGAUGGCGAAAACGAUCCUAAAUAUGCACAUGUGAACGUAAAUGUUACAUACCUGACGUCGUUUGAGAUACCUAUCCCAACUAAAGAAAAGGCAAAGUGCAUCCUUUGUACCAACAUAGGCGUUACUGUUGUAUCUAUUCUAUGUGUGGAAGGCUUUCUUUGCCUCCUGUUUUUCAUCCAAAUUUGCGUUCGUAUGAGGGCAUACGAAAUAUGUCAACUAAAUCCUAAGCCUAAACUAACAACUGUAACGGACAUGAAAAGGGCUAUAAAUAAAACUAUUAAAGAAAAUACAGAUCCGUAUAGACCAGGUUCAGAAAUGAUGAACCGAGCACUGCCUGAUGAAAGACCUCCUUCGCCUUUUACUUACAACGCUCCACCAAGAGUAACUGUCGAGCCACCUCCUGCUGCCGAAUACAUUCCUCUAGAAGCGACAAUCAACCUGAAUAAUGUAUCUGACCCUUCGAAACCCAACAGCAGAAAACGUAAAUUAAAUUCUACAAGUAUCACAAAUAAGGCAACGAAAGUUAACAAUGCACCAUCGCUCUUCCAAAAUAAUUCUUUGGCUACAAAUGCAAUGAAUCUUCCUUGGGGUACUAAUGAAACAAACAAGUACGAAUUCACAACUGGAGACGCAAUGCUUUCAAGACCAGCAAUCGCGGCCAUUGAUGCUGAAAGGUUCAGUCCUUUGUUUUCAAGGCCCGAUGAUUCAAAAUUAUAUAGUGACGAUUCAAAGUAUGUACGUGACAUUGGUGCACCAGUUACUGCCAUGGACUUCUAACUCUAUAUCUGAAAACGUUCCCAUCGACAUAAUACAUAUUGCACAUUGAAAUUGUGGGCAACUAUACUCAGAUAUUUUGCAAAAGUCGUACAGGUUUUGUUAUCAUGUUAUUGCUGUUUAAUUUGAUGAGUUUAUCAACAUCUUUUACGUGUAUGUCUUUGUGUAACGUUUGAUAAACUUUUACAGCAGAAGUAUGGUUGUGUUGCAGAUGACAAAUUAUUGCUUUUUAUCUUAUUUUUCUUCAACUUAUACAUGUUUAUUGCUUUGUUUGUUUAAUUCCUGGAUUUGUUUGUAUCUUUAUUAUAUUUUUGCUUACACGUGAUCUUACUACGCAAUAUGUUCUUUAAAAGAAAUCUUUUUACUAGUAUUAAUUUAUUUUUACUUGUAAAUCAUCGCCUCCGUGGUCGAGGGGUUGGAGUCGAUGACUUCUAAUCCAGUUACAUCUCAUGCGUUGGUCCGAUCCCGGGAGAUGCUUUGAUGGUUUAGCACGGAGGAAAGUAGUCUAGUACAGGUAUAACUCUCCGGAAACGAUGGUUAAGAAACUAUCCGCCUAUAUGACUGAAAUACUGUCGGGAAAAAGUGUAAAAUGACAGAAAAAGACAAACACUAUGUACCCUUUCAUAGGUACACGUAGAUUUUCCUUUUGUAAUUAAACAAACAAACAAAAGGAAGAAGAAAGAGAAAGUUUUGUAUUUAUGAAAUUACAAGGGUUAUAACUUGCAUAAAAAGUAAAUUGUCAUUGACCUAUAAAAUUGUUUGACAAUUAUUUAAAUCGAAAGAAUGUUUUAAAUGCCUAAGGCUUUUGAGUGUUUUGUUACUUCUUUUGCAUUUUUGAAUAACUUUGUAUAGAUGACAAAAUAGUUGACAUCUACUUAUUUAAUGAUGUAUACAUGUAAUUCAUUUCAUUGUCAUAUACGUAUGUUAAUAUAUUAAUUGUGUUACUACAUUUUUUUCAAGCAAAACUGUUAAUUAAAAUGCAAAUAUUGUAUUUGUGAUAUACAAAUUGCACAUCGACACAGUAUUAGUCAUAUCGCGACAUCCCAGCUUUACUGGUGGAGGAAGACCUAGGUGCCCUUCCGUGCAUUAUUUCAGGCACCAUUGGGCACCUGAGGAGAACCACCGACGUUCCGUAAGCUAGCUGGAUAGCUUCCUCAUGUGAAAGACUCCAAAGUCCCUGUCGGGAUUCGAACACACAGCGGUGAGGGGCAAUUGGUUUGAAGUCAACGACCUUAACCACUCGGCCAAGGACGCCCCUGUAACAUACAGUAAACAAUGGUGGUUCUGCAAUGAUAGGUUACUGCUACCAAGAAACGUUAUUAUACUUUUAAAGUAUAACCUGUAGAUAUUUAUGUUUUGUCUUUCUUUCUCCUUAAAUUUGUUUCAAUAUAUUUAGCAUGAAAGUGUUCCUCUUCAUAUGGAGAACACUUAAAUACAUUACAUGUUAUUACACAAUCAGCAUACGUUUUCUUGGUUUGUUUGAAAGAAAACUACCCAUUUCAUUCGUACUCAUCAAUAUUUUAGGAAUGAAACAAGACAGAACCAUAUUUGCGACUGUCUUGAUUUGAAUAACAAGAAGCACGCCCUUACAAACAUUAAAGUUAAUUUUAUAUUGUUUGAAAAUUCGUUUAAUAAAUCGAUACCCUACAAUUGAGAGGGUUAAAUGCCAUUUAUAUUUUUGAUAACUGUACACAUAGUAAACAUGUAUCUUUUCAAUAAUUAUAAACUACUUAAUGCUGGUAUUUUUGAUGUUAUUUUUUUUGUACCUCGCCAAGCAACAGGUUUUUGUUAGUUUAAAUGAAAAUCCAAAUAAAUUUCGUAAAUGUUAAUUUGUUGACAUGCUUUGUUUAUAACCUCUUAACAUUAUGUAAGGAAUUGCGUGUCUAAUCCCCCCAUACAUGUUUUAUUGUAUGUGAGUAGAAAGUGUACAUGGAUUCAAUGUCGUACACCGUUAUGCUUCUUGUUAAAAUUUUGUCAGUGGAGUGGUGUAGGGUCAUCUUCGCC